ACGAUUCGUAUCAAGAAAAAAGGAAGUGCAGCCGGACACAACGGCUUGAAAAGCAUUGAAGAAAUCCUGCAUACCCAAGACUAUAAUCGCUUGAAAUUUGGAAUUGGAAAAGAAUUUCCUCAAGGAAAACAAAUCGAUUUUGUGCUCGGAGAGUGGCAUCCCCAAGAACAAAUUAUAUUAAACGAACGAAUA